CCGCCGCGAGUUUUAGCGGGUUCGCCGGUGUCUUCGUCCAGCCCUUGGGCUGAGAUUUGGCUGCUUUCCGGGCUGAGCGGCGCGCUCCUGGUGCUGGGCGGGCAGCCACAGACCCACGCCCCUGAUGCUCAGUGUUGGAGCCCUGGGUAAAGCCAGCCAGCCACACCCCUCGCCGACCCAUGUCGGCUGCCUGAAGUUCCGCUGUCGUACAGUUGGUUUAGCCGCGCUGAGACUUGGUCCUCCGCAAGCCCCAAGGACUGCUCCUUCGCUGAUCCUCCUGCCUGGAGCCACGCUUUAGGCCAGCUUCUUCUUGCUCCCCAGCUUGUCAGUCUUGUUCUGUGGGCUCCCGGGACAGGCUCCUUGCUGGGAGAGGUUUGGCUCCUAGAAUAGCCAUAGAAGCUUUGGACCUUCGUGGGGAAAGAGCGGAUUGUUACUUGCGCUUUGUCCUGGAAGGCCCCUUUUGACCUAAUGGCAGCACCUCCGCUGGGCCGACUGGUGCUGACCCAUCUGCUGGUGGCCCUUUUCGGCAUGGGCUCCUGGGCUGCUGUCAACGGGAUCUGGGUUGAGCUGCCCGUAGUUGUGAAAAGGCUCCCGGAGAGUUGGAGCCUUCCUUCGUACCUCUCUGUGCUUGUGGCUCUGGGAAACCUGGGUCUGCUGCUGGUGACCCUGUGGAGGCGCCUGGCCCGCGGCAAGGGCGAGCGGGUCCCCAUCCAAGUGGUGCAGGGACUAAGCAUAGUGGGCGCAGCCCUGCUGGCCCCUCUGUGGCACCAUGUGACCCCAGUGGCAGGGCAGCCCCACUCUGUGGCCUUCCUAACACUGGCAUUUAUACUGGCACUGGCCUGCUGUGCUUCUAAUGUCACUUUCCUGCCCUUCCUGAGCCACCUACCACCUCCCUUUUUACGGUCUUUCUUCCUGGGUCAGGGCCUGAGUGCCCUGUUGCCCUGCAUGCUAGCUCUGGUACAGGGGGUGGGCCGCCUUGAGUGCCUGCCGGUGCCCGCCAAUGGCACCACUGGGCCUCCUAUCAAGGUGUCUCCCAUAAAUUUCCCAGAGCGCUUUUCUGCCAGCACUUUCUUCUGGGUAUUGACUGCCCUACUGGGUACUUCAGCUGCUGCCUUCCAAGGUCUCCUGUUAAUACUGCCAUCGCCACCAUCUGUACCCACAGUGGGUACAGGGCUUCGGGUAGAAACACCGGGAACAGAGGAGGAAGAGGAAGAGGAAGAGGCCUCACCGUUGCAGGAGCCACCAGGCCAGGUGGCAGCCACCGUUUCCAGCCCAGACCCUAAAGCCCAUCAGCUGUUCUCUUCCCGAAGUGUCUGUCUACUGGGGCUGCUGGCUAUCACCAACGCGCUGACCAAUGGUGUGCUGCCUGCUGUCCAGAGCUUUUCCUGCCUGCCCUAUGGGCGCCUGGCCUACCACCUGGCUGUCGUACUGGGUAGCUCAGCCAACCCCCUUGCCUGCUUUCUGGCCAUGGCAGUGUUGUGCAGGUCUCUGGCAAAGCUGUAUUGUCUGUCUCUACUGGGCAUGUUCUUUGGAGCCUACCUGAUAACGCUGGCAGUCCUAAGUCCCUGUCCUCCUCUGGUGGGCACCUCUGUGGGUGUGGUCCUCGUGGUGCUUUCAUGGGUACUGAGUGCGGGCCUGUUCUCAUACAUCAAGGUGGCGAUCAGCUCCAUGCUGCACAGUGGAGGCCGGCCAGCAUUGCUUGCAGCUGGUGUGGCUAUUCAGGUGGGCUCUCUGCUGGGCGCCAUCGCCAUGUUCCCUCCCACCAGCAUCUAUCAAGUAUUUCGAAGCGGAGAGGACUGUGUGGACCAGUGUGGCCCUUGAACCUGGACCUGUGGGACUUAAUUCACACUUGUCUUCACCUGGAGACUGCCGCAGUGCCUGAGUCCUGAGGCCCAACGUGGCCUCCCUUUUCAUGGAUAUUGCACACUCCAUAAGAGACCUGGCUUUUGAGAAAAGACCAGAGUGAGGACCAAAGAGAAGGCCUGGAUCCAGGAAUAGGUUGGGGCUGUGGCCUUCGCCCUUGGGACCUUUGUGGGAGUUGCACAAUAAAGCAUCUUUAUACA